GCAACCGCAAUCAUGCCUCAGGAUAUGCCGCCGACCGGCGGCUACGAGCCAGUCCAAUACCGCCGAAACCUACCCGUUCGUGGCUUCCGACCUGCCUACUACCUCCUCGGAGUGGCCGGUGUCAUGACCUACGGGUUCUACAAAGUCGGAAAGGGCAUCAGAGAGCAGAACGAAUUGGCGCGAGAGAAGAUGUGGUCGCGCAUCCACCUUAUUCCCCUACUACAAGCCGAGGAGGAUCGCGAUGCGGUGCGGAGACACUAUGCGCAGCAGAAGAUGGAGGAGGAGCUUUUGGGCAAGGCGGCACCUGUAUACUAUGGAGACCGCUUCGUCAGGCCAACGUACGCCGUGACUCCAGGGAACGUAACGAAAUAGUUGAAUGGGAAUGCGGAUCUGCAAAAGAACUGAUAUCAGGUGUCGUGUACAUACCAUACCACCAAGGAGUUGAAGGCGUCGACAAUGGAUUUGGAACC